CACUCGCAGCUAGGUUUAGAGAUCAGUUUAGAACUUUGGGAGAGAGAGAGAGAGAGAGAGAGAGAGAGAGACAACAGAGAGGUUGAUGUGCGUGCAAGGUCGAGGAGAGAGGUGGAGGCGACGAAUCGAGCAGAAAGAAGCGGAAAAAACGCUGCAGGUUGUACAAACACCCCACCCUCCCCACUUCACCUCAUUAUACUCCAUCCCCCACCCGGCACAUCACUGUCACCUCUCUCUCUCUCUCUCUCUCCAGCACGCAGAGAUAGAAACAUACGUUACAAGGACAACAGUAAACAUCACGCCACUCGGGGAGAGCCAGGAGGUACCUGAGAGAUCAGAGCGAGGUGUAACAGUCUCACACCUUGAACGCUCCGCAGUUGGACACGGCAUACCUUGUUCUUAAAGCCCUUUUGGUCCUUUCUCUUGUUCUUUUAGCUUUGUAUUUUGUGGGUCUUCAUCAUUUUAUCUUGUGCCUUCCUCAUUUGCUCCGAGAGAGAGAGACAUGGGUAGCGUUGGUGAUCUACAAGGGGCUAAUUUGAGUGCCACCGUUUCAGAAAGUGACACCAGAGGACGUAUGGGCGGUGGCUUGCCUGCUGAUCAAUACGACCAAGGAGAGAGAGAUAUAUUGGACGCUAAGCUGUGGCAUGCCUGUGCGGGCCCUCGUGUCUACGUUCCGCGUACUGGGGAGAAGGUUUUCUACUUCCCUCAAGGUCACAUGGAACAGGUUGAGGCAUACACCAAACAAGAUGGUAUGAGGGAAAUGCCAAUUUACAAUGUACCUUCUAAGAUCCUCUGCAAGGUUGUUCAUGUUCGCCUAAAGGCUGAAGCUCAAACAGAUGAGGUGUUUGCCCAAGUUACUUUGCUUCCAGAGCCAGAGCAAGACAAGCUAAGUUUGGAGGAUGAAACUGCUUUGUCAUCACCUACAAGAACCAGUGUAUGUUCCUUUGUCAAAAAACUCACUGCCUCUGACACAAGCACUCAUGGUGGAUUCUCUGUUCGUAAGCUACAUGCUCGCAAGUGCUUCCCACCUCUGGACAUGUCUCAGCAACCACCAGUACAAGAACUGGUCGCUAAAGACUUGCAAGGGCUUGAAUGGAACUUUCGCCAUGUUUACCGUGGGAGACCAAGGCGACACUUGCUCACCAGUGGUUGGAGUACCUUUGUGACUGCAAAAAAGCUUGUUGCUGGUGAUGCAUGCAUCUUCCUUAGAGGAGAGAAUGGGCAACUUCGUGUUGGGGUUCGCCGGGCAGUUAAACCACUAAAUAAUGCCUCAGCAUCCGUCAUAUCUGGCUGCAGCAUGCACCAUGGUAUACUGGCCAGUGCUUCCCAUGCGGUUUCUACUGGAACUUUGUUCACAGUGUACUACCGCCCAUGGACAAGUCCUUCUGAAUUUAUUAUUCCUUUUGAGCAAUACAUGAAGUUAGCUAAAAUUGUCUAUUCUGUGGGAACGAGGUUCACAAUGCCAUUUGAAGGGGAAGAAUGUUCAGAAAAGAGUGUGCCAACCAGAUGUUCAGGUACCAUAGUUGGUGUUGAAAAUAUCGAUUGUAUUAGGUGGCCUGGUUCAGAAUGGAGAUGUCUCAAGGUGCAAUGGGAUCGCACAUCAGACACAUUCUUGCUUCCUGAAAGGGUUUCCCCUUGGAACAUCGAGCUGAUAGAAUCAACUAAUAAGGAGCCCACUUCUACAAUAUCUGAACGAAAGAGGACAUCAUCAAUUAAUGCAUCAUUGCCUGGGUUUUCUAGAUUGACCAUUGACGGCUUAUUUCAUGGUUCAAUUGGGUACGCAUCUAAAAGACAUAAAGAGGUCUUGCAAGGUCAAGAAAACAAGAAAACCCGUGGUCAAGAACUGGAUGCAGAAACCCCACCAACAAUACCACAUUUGUUACCCUUAUCAGAUCCUGAUUGGUGCCACAGACUAAUGGGAUUGGAGAAUAAACCAUGUUUUCCAAUGCAUGAUCACUUUCCUCAACAUAAUAGUAGCACAAUAUCAUAUCCUGGUGGAAAUAUAACAGCUCCUUGCCCCACUUACCAGUGGCCCCCAAUAUUUCCUAAUGGAGUUUGUGACAAUAUUUCAGUUAGCAAGAACAUUUCAGUUUCAAAUGUUACCAUAAGCAAUUCUGGGUCCCAGACGUUCAGGUCUUCUGAAUCGAGGGAUGAAAAUGACGCUCCACUUUCCCAACCAACUAGUUGUUCAAGAUACAUGCUUUUUGGGGUCAAUUUGGCCAAUAGUCACCCGGAGCUCCCUUCACCACAAGUUGCCACUUAUUGUGAGCAUUCAAGUCCUUGUUCUCUCCCCCCAACAUUUGAGUCUUGUGUUUCUAAAACUAUCCAGGUUUCAGAGUCCUCUAAGAAUAGCCCUUGCGUUCAUUUGAAGAAACAAUGCGAGAAUUGUUCUAUUACUCACAGAAGUUGCACAAAGGUGCUUAAGCAUGGAACUGUUCUCGGCAGAUCAGUUGAUCUUGUGCGUUUCAAUGGGUAUGAUGAACUCAUUUCUGAGUUUGACGAGAUGUUCGAUUUCAAAGGAAGCUUGAUUGAUGGAUGCAGUGGCUGGCAUGUAACCUACACUGAUUAUGAAGGAGAUAUGAUGCUGAUAGGAGAUUGCCCCUGGCAGGAAUUUUGCUUCAAUGUGCAAAAAAUGUUCAUCUGGCCAAAGGAAGAAAUUGACAAGCUGAUUCAAACUCAACAGAUCCAACUCACCUCUAGUUGCUCAUUGUCAAGGUGAUGGAAAAUUUCUUGAGCUACAAUGGUAUUUUCUUGGAUCACUUUUCCAAGGAUGAAAGUUGAUUAUUCUAUGGAGAUAAAUUUGUGGAGGAUGUGUUUCAAUCUGUUUGCAAGGAUCUUGGCAAAUAUUUUGUAGCAGACAUUUGAAAGGCUUAUUGGUCUAUACUGGUAGACGGUGUUUGGUGAUUCAGUCCUCGGAAUGAGGACAAUGUGGGUGUAAUUCAUUUCCUUUAGAAGAUGACCAUUGGUGAAGAAAUUCUUAAUAGCCUUUGAAAGGUCAUGUUUGAUGAUGUCCUAGUAGGUUUUAUAGAAAAAGCCUGUGAAUCCAUCGGGGCCAGGGGACUUAGAAGAAGGAGUUCGUUUUAUGGUGUUGAGAAUUUCUUUAUCAAUUGGUAGUAUGCGCAGGUUCUCAUUAUCCAUGUUAGAGAUCCUCUUAGUGAACAAAUUUUCUAGUUCAUUAGGGAAGCUAGGUUCAGUGGAUGAGUAAAUGUUAUGGAAGUGGUCUAGGAACAUGU